GAAACUGUGACAUUGACAGUGAAUGGUGUGGGUAAUUUCAUUGUUAAUCCGAUUGUUAGAUUUCUGGAUUUACACUAAAAUUGGAGCAGGCUGAGGUUUUUUCUUUGAUUUGACCCUUCGCAUUGAAGAAAAAAGUUGAUCAUCGGCCGAAAGUCAUGGCCACCAACAGAUCACGCAGUGAGGACGAGGAGGAGGAGCUUCUCUCCAUAGACCCUGAGAGCAAGGAGCUGAAGAACCCGAAGAAGCUGUUCUGCAAAGUCAAGUGGUCCAGGGAUGAGGAUGAGAAGCUGAAAAAACUGGUGGAGCAACAUGGCACUGAUGCCUGGAGGCUGAUCGCCAAUUAUUUCCCAAAAAGAACAGAUGGCCAGUGUCAACACCGCUGGCAGAAGGUGCUCAACCCGGAGCUGGUGAAAGGGCCCUGGACAAAAGAGGAAGAUCAGAGGGUCAUUGAGCUGGUGCACAAAUACGGCCCCAAGCGCUGGUCCAUCAUCGCCAAGCACCUGCAGGGCCGGAUCGGCAAACAGUGCCGGGAGCGCUGGCACAACCACCUCAACCCCGAGGUCAAGAAGUCCUCCUGGACCGAGGAAGAGGACCGCAUCAUCUACGAGGCCCACAAGCGCCUGGGCAACCGCUGGGCCGAGAUCUCCAAGCUGCUGCCCGGCAGGACGGACAACUCCAUCAAGAACCACUGGAAUUCCACCAUGCGGCGGAAAGUGGAGCACGAGGGGUAUCUGCAGGACAACGCUGGGGCCUACAGGGCCAAUCAGGCCAUCAAGAGACGGCCCAAAACCUGCAACUCGGUGGAGGUGCUGCACGGCCAGAACCAGCUGGUCAUGACUAUCCCAGCACAGAUCGCGGGAUACUCUUUCGGGCCGUUGGACAGGCAGUGUGUGGACAGCAUCCCUGAUGCCUCUGUCUUUGUCCCACCGUGCCACGAUGACCCUGACAAAGAGCAGAGAAUUAAGGAACUUGAGCUGCUGCUUAUGUCAGCUGAGAAUGAAGUCAGAAGACAGGCAGCCUCAUGUCACUCCGACAGGUACCCCCGCUGGUCCGACAACGUGACGGACGACACCAUGACCACCAUGAGCAGCCUGGAGGACCAGAGCAUGGAGUUCUGCCGGGCGGAGGACAGCCUGGGGCCAGCGGCGGCCCCCGUCCACGUGUCUCCCAGCAAGUUCCUGGCAGUGGAGGCCAGCGCCGUGCUCUCCUCCCUGCAGACCAUCCCCGAGUUCGCCGAGACCAUGGAGCUCAUCGACUCAGACCCGGUGGCAUGGAGCGACGUGACCACUUUCAACCUGACGGAGGUGGUGUCCCCCCAGAAGCAGGUGUCUGCCGCCUUCCCGCAGCCCGAGGAACAGGACGAGACCCCUGGGGAGAUGGGCUAUCAGUUCGAUGGCCCCGCCAUCCCCGACCAGGCCAAGAGCUGUGCCAACCUGGGCCCGGGCUCAGACAAGCUCAUCCCCCUGGCCUCGCCCAUUGUGGCCAAGUUCACCACACCCCCCUCCAUCCUGAGGAGGAAGAGAAAGGAGAGGGGUGAGCAGUCCCCCUCCGGCGAAAGCAACUGCACCUCCUUCCUGGACACCAGCACCGCCUCUCCCAAAAGCACCCCUGUGAAAGCACUGCCCUUCUCUCCCUCCCAGUUUUUCAACAUAUCUGGGAAUGAGCAUCUGAACCUGGACAACCCGGCCCUCACAUCGACCCCGGUGUGCGGACAGAAGUGUCUCCUCAACACACCCCUGCAGAAGGAGAUGACCCCCAAGCAUCAGAAAGAGAACGCUGGGUUCAGGACCCCUAAAAUUCGGAAGUCUAUCUUGGGCCCUACUCCACGGACUCCGACACCCUUCAAAAAUGCCCUGGCUGCCCAAGAGAAGAUGUAUGGGCCCUUAAAAAUGGUGCCGCAGCCACUGGCCUUCCUGGAGGAGGACAUCCGAGAGGUGUUGAAAGAGGAGACGGGGACGGAUAUAUUCAACCGAGGGGAAAUGCAGACUGAAUUCAGAUCCUGGAAAAACGAGCUUGAUGCCCCUGCAAGGAAAGUUAGGAAGUCCCUGGUGUUGGACACCUGGGGGAAGGAUUGCCUCAAUGUCCAGCUGUUCUCCCAGGAGCAGGUCAGCAGCAUGCAGGUGCCCGGGGACAGCCUGCUGACCAGCUCCCUGCUGAUGACCCCCCUGCUCGAUCGGGAGGAGCAUACCUGCUCGCCUGUGCCGGUGAAGCAGGAGCCCAGCUUCAGCCCGCAGGGCAGGGGGGACAGCCCCCCGCCGACGAGGACGUCCCGAUACGAUAGCCCCGCCCAGGUGAACAGCGAGUGGGAGGCCGUUGUGUACGGGAAGACGGAGGAUCAGCUGAUCAUGACUGAGCAGGCCAGGAAGUACCUCAACUCGUACACCACCGGCUGCACCUCCAGGGCCCUGGUCCUCUGACCCCAACCGCCACACUACACCGUCCCAUCUGCCUGUCGCGGCAACCCGUCUUCUAACCGGCAGACUUAACACUUAGACAAUCUCGCGUAGGAAACUGACCGUCCAGUUCUUUUUGUUGUUUCACUCCACCCUUAACAGAGUAUAAAAGUGUAAUUGCUGAAGUAAAAGGCAGAAGUUUAUUUUUUUCCAUCUCCCUGUUUGUAAUAUUGAAUUCGACCCCCCCCCCCUUUUUUUUGGGCAUUUUGUGAAAGGUAGGGAGGAGAACAAAGAAACAUGCUGAUGCACCCCCUCCUUGUGCUGCCGCAAGCAAGCAAAACCCUUUGGUGUGCCUGCAACCUUCUGGCCCUUCCGAAAUUGUGGACCUUCUCCACAGAACUAUUCUAGCCAUUAUUAGUAACCUCGUUUACUUUUCCCCCAAUACCUGAAGCUGCAGGUAUCUUGAAUACCAACAUUCACCGUUCCUUAGGCUAUCACAUGGGCCAGAUGGCAGAAACAAAAUUCAUCGUGGGCAAAUUCUAUUAGGUUUUUGGCACUAUUUUUGUCUAUUCAAACGAAACAGCUGCAUAUAGGUUGUUGAAUGUAGACUCAGUGUAAAACUAGA